UGUUCGUGACAGUUGCCGGUCGCCGGAGCCAACUUCGCACGCAGUGAAUUUCAGUGGUUUCAGUGAGGGUGCGUUCAGGAAGAGCCGACUGUCUUCUCGAAGUAAGUUGCGCCGACAAUGCCUCAGAUCUUCGAGGAACCAGAUUGUUCAACAGACCUGAAACUUGCAUAAUGGGAAAGAGAUUUAUUCCGCUUUGUAUAAAUACAGAUGUUUGCACCUUUCGACAUCUUUACUUGGGAUUAAUGUCCGAGUCAAGCUAAAGGGUGAAUUUCAAAGCGAAAUUGAGGAUCCUAUUGUUUUGGGACGGCCCCAGCGAUGCAUGGAGUAGAGGGAAUGGUGUAACUCUUCUCGCGUUCUCAUUUUAAAUGAAGGGAUAAUACAACCUCGAAUACAAUGCUUCUAGUAUGGACAAGUCUAAUGGUCCAGCUGGUUCGAAUUUACGCCCUCCAGUCAAACAGUUGCGGCUUCAACUCUAUGUGUACGUGUUCCCCGGACCAACAUGACCCCAACUCCCGGAGUAUUCACACCAUCAGUUGCUUGUCGGUGCCGUUCUAUAAGUUUCCAAAUUUGCCCGAAGGCAGCAUUAGCCAGCUGGAGGUGGUGGGAUCGAAGACUGUCAGCUUGGAGGCUGAAAGCCUGGCAGGAUGCCAAGUUCAAGCACUCGUCCUGGCCAAUAACCGGCUGCAACAUGUGGCGGAUCGAGCUUUUAGCUCGUUAUGGAAAAGCCUCACUUCGCUGGAUCUAAGCUAUAAUCAACUAGACAGCGUUCCUUUCGUCGCCCUCAAAGAGCUGCGAAGUCUGCAGUGGAUUAAUUUGCACGGGAACACAAUAUCGUCUCUAAACGGCGAAUGGUCUCACAUGAAGAACACCCUGACGACGCUAUUCCUCGGCGAAAACGACAUCACGGAGGUGUCUGGCGACCAGCCGGACCACAUCUCGAAACCGUCGCACGGCCUGCGCCAGUUCAAGUCCCUCAUUUGGCUGAACCUGGACGGAAACAGAAUAUAUAAAAUCCAUAAGCACUCUUUGCCUCUCACUCUCCAGACCGCCAGCAUCUCGCAUAAUUUGAUCGAGAACUUUCCGCUCGAAGUCGUGGCCGGCCUGCCCCAUUUGCAAUGGCUCUAUUUACGCGGAAACCACAUCAGGAGUUUACCGGAGCACACGUUCGGCAGGAAGCUGUGGCUGGAGAAGAUCGACCUGGGGGAGAACUACUUGAAAAGCUUACCGCGGCACCCCUUCAACGGGUCCGUCUACAUCCGGGACCUCAACCUGGCCUUCAACGACUUCAGGACCCUCCAGAGCGAAGGCUUCUCGGGGCUACAAUGCGGAAGGAUCAUCCUGUCGUACAACGCGCUCGAAGGGGUGGAGAUCGGAGCUUUCGACGGCAUCCAAGAGACGCUGGAGUACCUCGACUUCGACCACAACAACUUCCAGCAGAUCCCUCAGGCGUUGAGCCAGCUCAAGUCGCUCAAAUAUUUAUACUUGUCGUCGAACAUGCUCACCGAAAUACCGGAGCGGGCUUUCGAGAACUUCUGCUCGAGCUUGAAAGCCGUGAGCUUGAGCGGAAACCGUUUGACGCGAAUUCCCGCAGAAACAUUGCAAAAUUGCUCGAAAAUUUCCCACUUCAACAUCGGCUUUAAUGAAAUAUACGAAGUGGGCGAGAGCGACUUCAGCGGUUGGGGCUACAACAUCAAGAGCCUCAUACUGGGGAACAAUCGCAUUACGAGCUUGAGGAGCCAGAUUUUCGCCGAUUUGCAGCAACUUAAAGAACUGAGUUUGAGUUUCAACCCGUUGCGGGUCAUCGACGGUGGCGCGUUCGCCGGCCUCGACGGCUUAGAGAGUUUGGAAGUGUCGUUCGGGUUCGACAGAGAGGACCUCCCACACGAGAUUUUCAAACCUCUAACAAACUUGAAAUGGCUUUCGCUCGACAACAAUAACUUUAAUACGGUGCCGGAAUUCUCAUUGGACUCUCUUUCCGAGCUCAAAUACCUCAACAUCGAGUCCAACAAGGUCCGAGUCGUGCCGGUCAACCUGCUGAAGCCGGCGGUCCACGCCAAGCUCAAAGACGUGCGUCUGUCCAACAACGAAAUUACGACGAUACGGACGAACACGUUCAAGUCGCUGAACAGCCUGGAGACCAUCCUGCUCGCGAAUAAUCGCAUCAAAGCCAUCGAAGCCGACAGUUUUAACGAUCUUCCAGCGCUUAACAAGCUGAUUCUCUCCGAUAAUUUAAUAGCGAAACUUGACAACAGGGCCUUCUCGAACUUGCCGUCUUUGACGAAGCUCGACCUUCACAACAAUUAUCUGGCGGAUUUCUCGUUCCGGUAUUUCGCUAACGUGUCGACGCCGCUGCAUUUGAAUCUGAGUCGCAAUCAGAUCUCGUCGUGCAACGCCGAGUUCAAGAUACUCAACGUGGACGUCAUCGAUCUGAGAUACAACAACAUGGCGCGGGUCCCCAGGUGUCUGGAAAGCACGGCUCUCCUGAAGAAGCUCUACCUCGACUUCAACAUCAUCACCCGCCUGGACCACAACAGCUUCCUCCACCUCACCUCCUUGGAGCACCUCAGCCUGCAACAAAACAACAUCAUGUUCGUCAGUAAGAAGGCCUUCGCCGGCCUGCAGAACCUCCAGCAGCUCGACCUCUCCAAGAACCUCAUCACCCACCUCCACCCGGGCCAGUUCGCCAACAUGCCCCGCCUGCGCGUCGUGGACCUCAGCAGCAACAGCCUCAACUACCUGCCCAAGGACGCCUUCGAGAACACCGUCAUCGAGAUGCUGGACCUCAGCUUCAACUCGUUCUCGGUCAUCCCGAGCCUGAGCUUGUCCGACGUGGGGAUAACCCUGCGGCACCUCGCCAUCGGGUCCAACAACGUGGAGCACAUCGACAGCACCACGUUCCCGGACAUCCCGUUCCUGCAGCACCUGGACCUCAGCAACAACAAGCUCACCAUCCUGCCCGACAACGUCUUCACGAGUUUGGGGCUGCUGCAAGUGCUCGACUUGAGUUCGAAUCCGCUACGUGCCAAUUUCAAAGAGCUGUUCCAUUACGCGCAAAGUUUGAAGCAUCUAAACUUGGCCAAUUCCGGAAUCACUUCCACACCGCAUUUGCCCCUACCCAACCUCGUCCACCUCAAUCUCUCGCGCAAUCACAUCGAAGCCAUCAACAAGAACUCGGUCCAGGAAUUAGCCAAGUUGAAGUCGAUCGAUCUGAGCCACAACCAGCUGUUCGAGGUCCCCUCGCACCUCUGGAUACACUUACCCAAAUUAAAGUCGCUGGAUUUGUCUUUCAACCCGAUUAAGGAGAUAGUGGCGGACAGUUUCUACGGGCUGCAGAACCUCCAAGACUUGAACAUCCAAGGCCUGAAGUAUCUAGAUCGCUUCGAGAGCAAAGGGAUCCAGCAAAUCCGGAUUUUGAGCUCGCUGUCGAUGCAAACGUGGCCGAAGAUCGAGCACUUCGCCGAACAGUUUUGCAAUUUACUGUCGAACUUGCAGCAGCUGAGGAUCCUGAAGAUACACUUCGUGGAGAGCGUGCUCGACGAGCAGCUUUUGUGCGUCAAGAAUAGGAAGAUCAGGCAUCUGGAGAUCACGGGGAGGAGUCUGAAGAUGAUUGAUAGGGACGCGUUCGUGAGGUUCGGGAGGAAUCCGGAUCUUGUGUUGAAAAUAACGGGGACUGAAAUUGAGGAACUGCCGGCGGGGUUGUUUUCUAAUAUGUAUAAAGUUUCGUAUUUGACGAUAGACUUGAGGAAUAAUAUGUUGUCGUAUCUGAGUCCGGAGAUAUUCUACGGGAAUGCGACGACUUGGAAGAACGUGGGGACGACUCUCAUUUCAGGUGGCUUAACCAUCUCCGAGAACCCCUUCCGGUGCGGCUGCCACCUGGCCUGGCUCGGCCACUGGUUGCGCCGGUGGACGCGGGAGAGCCUGCAGUCGCACAACGCCCCCGUGGAGACGGCGAUGCGCAUGAACGACAUGGUGAAGGAGGCCACGUGCAGCGACGCCGCCACCGGCACCCGCGUCCCCAUCGUUCAGCUGCCCCCGGAAGACAUGAGCUGCCACGCGAGCGCGCUCAGCGACGCGCCGAACUUGAACAAAAUUCCUGUGAUGUUCGUUUCCGUAUACCUUAUGACGUACUUGAUCCUGCGUUAGUGACCCAACAGUAUUGGACGGACAGUCGGUGUGAAACUACUCUUCCAUUUAUUUUACGAGAUUUUUAAUACAUCAAUUGUUAUUUUUUGAUAUUGUAAAUCGUGUACAUAAUAAAUUAAUACAUAUCAUGCUCGUAUAGAACUAGGGACUUAUUUACGAUGAUUGCUCAAAAUGGGAGAUGUCAAUCAAAAUGUGCACACGACUUGUUUCUUAACAUUUAGGUAUUAUAGUGUUUUGUAACGAUCAAUAAAGUAUAUAAAUUGUUU